AUGGCUGCAUGGAGUAAGGGCAAUGCACUCCCAUCUUGUUUACUCUGCUUUGGCUUCCCUGUGAGCAUCUUCUUCAUCGUCAUCAAUGAGUUCUGCGAGCGUUUCUCCUACUAUGGCAUGAAAGCGGUGCUCGUUUUGUAUUUCAAGUAUUUCCUGCACUGGGAGGACAACUUUUCCACAGCUAUCUACCACUCAUUUGUUGCUCUGUGUUACUUGACACCAAUCCUUGGAGCGAUCAUUGCAGACUCUUGGCUGGGAAAGUUUAAGACCAUUUUUGCCCUGUCCAUUGUCUAUACGAUUGGGCAGGCAGUCUUGGCUGUGGGCUCUAUAAGUGACCUGACAGAUCAGGACAAGAAUGGUACUCCUGAUAAUAUAGCAUUGCACAUUGCUCUGUCCGUGAUUGGCCUGGUCCUCAUUGCACUUGGUACUGGUGGGAUCAAACCUUGUGUGUCAGCAUUUGGUGGAGAUCAGUUUGAUGAUGAUCAGGAACAGCAAAGAAGUACCUUCUUCUCUCUCUUUUAUUUGUCCAUUAAUGCUGGAAGUCUCAUAUCUACUUUGGUCACCCCAAGUCUCAAAGCUUCGGAGUGUGGCAUCCAUAGCAAACAGAGGUGCUACCCACUAGCUUUUGGAGUUCCUGCUGUCCUCAUGGCUGUUGCCUUGGUUGUGUUUAUAUCUGGAAGCAGAAUGUACAAGAAAGUUCAACCUCAAGGAAAUAUAAUGCUUGAAGUUUCCAAAUGCAUUGGAUUUGCCAUCAAGAACAGAUUCGUGCACCGCAGCAACAAGUUCCCCAAGAGAGAGCACUGGCUAGAUUGGGCGAGUGAGAAGUAUGAUAAACAACUGAUUGCUCAGAUUAAGAUGGUGCUGAAGGUGCUUUUUCUUUACAUCCCUCUCCCCAUGUUCUGGGCACUUUUUGACCAGCAGGGGUCAAGAUGGACACUGCAAGCCACAGCAAUGAAUGGAGAUUUUGGUGUUCAGAUUCAGCCAGAACAAAUGCAGACUGUGAAUCCAAUCCUGAUUGUUAUAAUGGUCCCAGUUGUAAACUAUCUGGUUUAUCCUUUACUCCAGAAAUGCAAUAUCGAUUUUACGCCCCUGAAGAAGAUCACUGUUGGUAUGUUCCUUGCCUCUUUGGCUUUUGUUGCUGCUGCCCUUGUGCAAGUGCAAAUAGAUACAGGCUACAUGACGUUUGAGGCUUCUCAGCUGCAAUCAUUGAGCAUAAGUUAUGGAGGUGAAAAAAGAACCGAAACUUUCAACAAGACACCAGGAGAACGUUUCACCCUGAGAAUUAAAAAUAAUAUAAAAGACGUUAUGCUUGUUCAGUUAAUGGACGAUGUUGAAUCGAAACCACCAGAUGGAAAUAAUCUCAUCAGUCCAUAUGUAAUUAAGGUCUCAUCACCUUUAAUAUCCUCUUGUACAAUUGCUUCAAAGGAAUUUGGAUUUGGUGGUGCCUAUACAAUUUCAGUUGAUGCGUGUACUAAAGAUUUCCACCUUAAUGUAACAUAUUUUGAAGAUAUUGCACCCAGUACAGUCCAUAUGGCUUGGCAGAUCCCCCAGUAUUUUCUUCUUACAUGUGGAGAAGUAGUCUUCUCUGUCACUGGACUGGAAUUUUCAUACUCACAGGCCCCAUCUAACAUGAAGUCAGUGCUGCAGGCAGGAUGGCUGCUGACUGUGGCUGUUGGUAACAUAAUUGUCCUUAUCGUGGCUGGAGCAUCCAAAAUCGAUAAGCAGGUAAGCACACGAAGUAUGUUUGCUGCCCUGCUGAUGGCAGUUUGCGUCAUUUUUGCUGUCAUGGCUUAUUUUUACACCUAUGCUGAUCCGAGUGAGAUUGAAGCCCAAAUAGAUGAGGAAGAAAAGAAAAACAAAAAGGAUCAAGAUGACCAUGGAAAGAACACUGAAGAUGAUUCUAAAAUGUAA